AUGUUUAAAUAGUUAUAAAAAAAAAGUGUCAAUUUAAUUGAAGGGAAUCCAUCAAUAUAUUAUAGUCUAAUUAAAAAGCCCACCCUGGACAAUAGAUUUUAUAUAGCUGUAAAUCCAUCUAAAGAAUAAGUAUCAUUGGAUGAAUUAAUCUCAUUUACAUUGGAGUAAUUUGCUUUGUAUUGCAAGCACUUAAAAACUAAAUUGAUAGAGAAAAAUAUUCAACUUCCCUCUGUUUUUAAACUUGAUAUAAAAAAUGACUCUGUCACUAAAAUGAAAAUGGAACAUCCUAUCAUGGCAUCUCUAAAAUAAAGAUUAAUACUUAAUCCUUAAUUUACAAAUUAAUUAAAUUUCUUCGAAUAUCUUAAUUUUUCGGGAAAUGAUGCUUUAGAAGAGGAAUUUUUUGAUGAGCUGCUGCUAACAUUAUUGUUUUGGGAGAUACUUGAAAGAUUGAAAUAAAGGUCUGGUUUAGAUGUCUAUGAUAUUUUUAUCUAUCCUAAUAGGUGUAAUUUUUAUAUAGUUAAGAAUGAAAUUUCGCCUUUCUUCUCAUCAAAUCAGACAAAAAUGAGGAAUCUCUUACUAAAUACUUAAACUAUUUUGUAUAUUGAUAAUGGCCUUGAAAUUAAUAAAGAAUAUGAAUUAGACCUAUUUGAUGUACAUCCUCCUGAUGAAGUAAUUAGCAAAGGAAUAAUAAUUGAGUUAAGAAAUAUGAAUGAAAAUGACACACAAAUAAACUAAUAUUAAAAUUCAAAGUUCUUCUAAUAUCGUAAUUUAAAUUAAGUCACUAUCACUCCGACAUCAUAUUAUUUUAUAUUCAGCACAUUAUGUUAGGUUGAAAAGUAAGAUGAAUUGAAGCAUAUAAUAACUUUUAAUCCUUCACAACAGCCUAAAUGUUAAAAAUGUAAUAUUAUUAUCCAUCCAGAUGAUUUUGAUACGUUUUAUACAAAAAAAGGGCUAUAUGACGUAUGGGAAAAAGGUUAACAAUAUUUAUAAUAGCGUGCUUAAUUCAUAUGCCCAACCUUUUUAUUGGUUAAAUAACAUUUUAAAAUCAUCAAGGAUGAGAAAAACUAAGACCUAUACGUCCAUUUUUAUUAAAAUUCUUAAAAAAAAAAAAGUUAAAUCCUCAAUUAAGAACAAAAUUUGGACCCAUAAAAACAAAAUCCCCAAAUUUAAGGUAUUACAGAAUUUGACUUAUUGUAUAAAAAACUAUAGGUUUGUUCUCCUUAUUAACAUUACAAGACUAAAGAGACCGAUAACUAGAUAUUAUAUUCGUUUAAUGAAUGUCUUGAGAGUGAUGAGGAAGCUGAUCAAACAAAUGGUUGAAAAUAUCAAGCCACGUUACG